CGGGGUAGGGGAAGCGUGGUAGACAGGAAGGAAGGAAGCAGGAGAGCGCGAGCGAGAGAGCGAGAGAGAGAGUGCGAGAGUAACGAAGGAAGGAAGGAAAGAGGAAGGAAAUAGCAAGCGAGGGAUGGUCGGGCCGAUCGAUUGAGGAGCAAGAAGAAGAGGAGAAGAAGGAUUUGCGAAUCCGGCGUUCAUCGUGUAAGGGAGGAGGAAAUUGGAGUGCUGGAUCGAGGACAGGCAGGAAGCAAAGGACGGGGUUGGUUCUCGGAGUCAAGAGCAGGGAUACAAAGAAAGGCCAGGAGCGGUUGAGAUGGGAUUUGGGGUUGGGAAGACGAAUGUCGAGGAUGAGAGUUGAAGGUUGGAAUGAGAUAGAAACUUCAGGUCAAGGGAAGAGCCUCGAACUGGCAUAUUUCGCCUGCCGGUCCCAAUUUGUUAGGAAUUUGGGAGCGUGCUCAAUUUACUUGCUUACACGAAGGUGGACAGAUUAUGAACGCAGUACUUGGACGGUUGUGGAGCUGAAUUGAACACCAAGUUCUCGGAUUGGGUGGCUUGUAGGAAAGGAAUGAUCCUAGUCAGAAGUAUCUUGUACUAUUUAGGAAUUAUGGAGUUGUUUACGAAGACAAGAAUUGCUUACUGGAAAGGCACGGUGCGCUGUUGAUAUUCUCCUACGCGCUUGGGAAAGUGACCGACAUGCUUAAGCGCACAAGCCCUUUACAAUGUGGACAACAGCUCUCUCAAAACUCUCUUUUAGUGGACGUUGGAUAUGGGGUCUCAAGGAAUCUGGAAACUUAUAAAGCGCAUGUGUUAGGCAAGUAGAUGGUUAUGGAGAUCACACGAGGUGAUUUCUGGUCUAAAUGUCCGGUAGACUUAUCAGCAUAUCAGGAGUUGUUGGUAGGUACCUAACAGGCGGCACAGUCGGUGUGGGAACGUAGGGAGGGGCCAACUGGAAGUAGAUACUCUUUUGACUUUGCUGGCGUAUUGCGGCCACUUAAGUUUUGUAGAAAAGACUGGGCAGAUUGGUUGAUACCAACCUGCUUCCAGCUAAUUGGGUAGCCGUAUUUUUAUAUCUUGAAUUUGUAGGGCUGGAUGCAUUGGGAGCUGUAAUUGCUCCAUAUUGCUGAGUCAGUACAAACUCGAAGUUCUGCUGUUCCUAGUAGCCAAAUCCCACUGGGACUAGCUGUUACAUAUCCAUGCAUCUGUCCAUGUCUUGAUCCUGUGAUCGUUCACAGUGGCGAAGUUAAAAGCCAAACAGAGGGUCCAAGGAGGCGAUGUCCUCUUGCAACAUACGGCGCAUGUAAUACGCUCUCUUAUAGACGAUUUGCAGUGGAAAACACGAAAGCGUGCAGUGGCUCCCGAAAAGACGGCUCCAACGGGGGUUUUCUGCAUGUCUGGCCCUGUGGCCCAUGUCGACGACGAGGAAGAGCUGCCUCGUACCUCAUCCUAUCGAUUGCUAGAUCCGGGACCCCAUGCGGAAGUUGCACCCACUGUCAAUAAUGAGAGGCUGAACCAUGUCGGAGAUGGUGAAGACUUCAAGGGGCCUUCCGACGGUGGGGUGUCCGUCAUGCAUUUCAACGGAGAAAAAGUUCUGCCAAACGGGGACUUCUAUGUGGGAUCCUGGCAGGGCAGCCUGCCAGAGGGAACAGGAAAGUACCUGUGGUCUGAUGGAUGCAUGUAUGAAGGUGAAUGGGGCAGGGGCAAGAAGACGGGCAGAGGAAAGAUCUCAUGGCCAUCAGGGGCAACUUAUGAAGGAGACUUUCAAGGAGGUUACAUGCAUGGAGUGGGGACCUACACAGGGAUUGACGGCACUACCUACAAAGGCAAUUGGAGUAUGAAUGUGAAACAUGGCCUGGGACGCAAGAGAUAUGCCAAUGGGGAUGUUUACGAAGGGUCAUGGAAGCAGGGUGUGCAGGAGGGACCUGGUAGGUAUGUUUGGAGGAAUGGCAAUGAGUACAUUGGAGAGUGGAGGAAUGGGACAAUGUCUGGUAGAGGCGUCUUGACUUGGGCCAGCGGAGAUGUAUUCGACGGGCAAUGGCUCGAUGGGUUAGAGCAUGGUCAUGGCACCUAUACUUGGGGAGAUGGAGGCUGCUAUGUCGGUACUUGGAGUAGGGGUUUGAAAGAUGGAAAGGGAGUUUUUUACCCUGCUGGCAGUCGCCGUCCAGAAGCUGUUAGGAAUGGUCUGUCACAAGCAAGCAGGGAGGAGAUUGGAGCUGCUCUAGAAGAACAGUUUUCAAGUCGGAAGAUGGUUCGGAUAAGACGAUCAUCGUUUUCAGACAAUGAGCAGUAUGCUGCUUCUCGCAGAACGAGUCGGUCAUCCUCCUCCGAAAGAAUACAGCUCACUGAUACCACUAAACAACAUGCUGAACCUGCAAUAAGGAGGAAUCCCUCUCUGGAAAGGCGGUGGAGUUUAGAGGGUGCCCUGGAGCGUGUCCUUGGUUUGGAAACGAGUAACCCAGCGUGGUCUGGGGAGCCCAUUUUGGAAGGAGAUGAAAGGGCGGAGACUGGGCGCCAUUCAUUAGAGAGUGUGGUUCCCUUACAACCUCCCAUUGUCGAAAGAGAGUAUGUACAAGGGGUGCUUAUGAGUGAGCUUGUCAAGGAAGUUGGAGGUCCAGUUCCAAGACAUGUUAGGAGGCGUCAGCGCCGUGCAACUAGGGAGAUCAAAAGACCUGGAGAGACUAUCUACAAGGGACACAGAAGCUAUGACCUUAUGCUUAACUUGCAACUUGGAAUCAGAUAUACAGUGGGGAAGAUUACACCCGAGCCGAAGCAUGAAAUCGGUCCGGCUGAUUUUGGACCAAGAGCAAGCAUUCGAGUGAAAUUUCCCAAAUGCGGAACAGCAUUGACACCUCCUCAUCAAUCGUGUGAUUUCAAGUGGAAAGAUUAUUGCCCCAUGGUGUUCAGGCAACUGCGAGAAUUGUUCAAGAUUGAUGCAGCAGAUUAUAUGCUCUCAAUCUGCGGAAACGAUGCAUUGCGGGAGCUCUCAUCUCCAGGAAAAAGUGGCAGUGUAUUUUAUUUGUCACAUGAUGAUCGUUUCUACAUCAAAACUAUGAGAAAAGCGGAAGUCAAGGUGCUUCUGGCGAUGCUUCCAGCUUAUCAUGAACAUGUGAGAUCUUAUGAGAACACGCUGAUUACAAAGUUCUUUGGACUUCAUCGCGUUAAGCCUUAUGGCGGUCAAAAGGCGUCGCGGCGGUCCCCAGGUGCGCAGUCCCGCAGCGAUGCCUUACCCUCGGUACGCUUCAUUGUGAUGGGCAACAUGUUUUGCACCGAAUUGCGGAUUCAUAGGCGGUUUGACUUGAAAGGCUCUUCCCAGGGUCGAUCAGCUGACAAGGUUGAAAUCGACGAGAACACAACGCUGAAAGAUUUAGAUUUGGACUUCGUUUUCCGUCUCGAUCCUUCAUGGAGAGAAGCGCUUUUCAAGCAAGUAGAGGUUGAUUGCAAGUUUUUGGAGAGCCAGCGGAUUAUGGACUACAGUUUGUUGUUGGGUCUCCAUUUCAGAGCACCACAAUAUCCUCCAGCAAUUUCUCCUGUCCCUUCUCCAACAGUUGCAGAGUUGGUGCCUCCUCCGGAGUGUGUGGUGGCUGGUCCUGAAGACGUUUCUUGGCCAUCAGAGGAGGAGUGGAGCUCUAGCAGAGGUUUGGUGUUGGUGCCUCGGGGCCCAGGAGAGGUGGUCAGUGUGCCAGGUCCGCAUGUGCGGGGCAGUCCUUUAAGGGCAUCUGGGACGGGGCUAACAGGCGGCGAUGGGGAGGUAGACCUCGUCUUACCAGGCACAGCAAGGUUACGGAUUCAAUUGGGUGUGAAUAUGCCUGCUAGAGCAGAUCGGAUACCUCGAAGACAAGAAGAUGACACGAACGCUGCUCUAGAGAAGGAGAUUUUUGGCGAAAGCUAUGAUGUGGUGCUGUAUUUCGGCAUCAUUGAUAUCUUGCAAGAAUAUGAUAUAUCAAAGCGCAUUGAACAUGCCUAUAAAUCUCUUCAAUUUGAUGCGUCAUCCAUAUCUGCAGUGGAGCCACGGCUCUAUGCCAAGCGCUUCCAAGAGUUCAUCCAAAGAACAUUUCCUGGUAAUACACUCCCCCCUACACUUGAAACCCUUGGAUAAAAAUAAGCAGCCCACCCCCGAUAUUUUUUCCCCCCAAGUGAGAAUUAGAGUGGUGAAAUCCUAAUUAAUUUAAUACUGUCACGUGUUUCCGCCAUCUGCUGAAUGCCAGUAGAGCGUUAGAUCUUCUGAAGAUCUAAAUUUGUGGGCCAAAGAUGUUGUGGACAUCUUCUUGUGCUACAUUACGAGCAUCCCAACAACCCCCGUGGCACACUCCUGUAGCCCUCUGCCAUCAUAGGAAGCCGAAAGGUGAAGCGGUAUAAUGCCAUGUUUGAUAUGUAUCAUGAAUGAGUCAAAGCCAUUGUUAUUGUUUAUUUGACAAUAAAGGUAGGUCUUUAGGUUUCCAAUAUUUUAGUUGUGCCUGUGAAGUUUAAGAUCACACACAAUAUUCAGCCCUCAUGAUAGGACAGUUUGUGAAUUUAGCUUAUGACGGCAUGGGCUGAAUUUUUCUUGCAAGACGAGAGGUGGAUAGUGAAAUCUUUGAACUGAUGUUAAAUCUUGGAUUUUGGGGUCGAAGAAGAUGUUUCAGUCAGCUGAAGUGGAGAUAGUUGAUGGUAUUCUAGCAUUUGCUUGACCGAUACUUGUAGCCCUAGUUGGCGAUGAAGGUUUUGCAAUAGUCCUCUCAUUGUAAUCUUUUAGAUGUGCUCAUAGCUUGCACGGUAGCAAAGUCCAAAAUGGGCUUAUGGUUAUUUUACACUGGCUUUCUGGAAAUGAUGAUCUUUUGAGUCUUAGACCAUCUGCUGUAUCAUGCUUGAUGAAGUUUCAAAGACGAUCGACAUUCUUUUCUGAGAAGAGUCACUGGACAGUGUCAUGGACCUCACACUUCGUUGUUCUUCCAACUAUGUCAAAGACGGUUAACUACUGCGAGUG